AUGGUAUUGACUGAAGAAGUGGAUUUGCCGAUGGACGAUGAGUUGGAGGUGGAGGAGGUGAAUCUUUCCCAAGCGACACUGAUGUCGGCGGGGCCAUGGUUAGGCAAGCUAUGCGAAAGCAUCAACAACGAGUUCAUGCUGUGUCGGUUCGAAAACAACGACCCACGUCCCUGCGUUGAUCUUGGCAAGCAAGUAACCAGGUGCACCAUGGAAUUUUUCCAAAGAGUAAAAUCUGUAUGCUAUCAGGAGUUCAAGCAGUUCGCUCACUGUGUUGACAAAAGUUCCAGCUCAUACCAGCCAUGGUUUUGCCGGAAAACGAUGGCGGUGUGGAAAGAAUGCGCUGAGGAAAAGUUGUGCUUGCCAUAUCCCGGUUUUGGGUACUUUACUCGUGGGCGAAUUCACACGGUCGGGUGCUUGAAGGACCCUCCGGAACCGCCAUGCCCCUGCCACCCUAAGAUUACCGAUAACACGCCGUCACUGCCUGAUUGCAAGCCCCGCCCUCCUCCACGUUUCGGAGGCCGCCUGUUCUGGUCCACAGAGUAACAUUGACGCUGAAUUAAAUUUACACUUAUCUGCUGUAGAUAUAAUAGCAGGAGCUGUUCUUUAUCUAUUGUCUUGUCAUAUAUACAUUUAUAUAUCUAUAUCAUAUAUUAUACAUACAUUCGAAUAUUACGAAUAGGGAGUCUACGUUCUGAUGUAUAUAUAGAAUACAUAAUAGAUAGUUACCAAACAUAUCGCCACGAAAUUGCAUGAAACCGGUUCUUAGAACAUACAAUGAACUGGUGAGAAAAAAACUGUAAGCUCAUAAUAAGAGCGACAAAGGCGUUUUGUGUUUCGCAUCUGCAUGUUUUGCAUUGCCAACGAAUUUGCUUUUUGCGAAUUUCCCGAGAUGGUCUCAACCCGAGCCCGAUCAGACAGCUUAAGCAAGUGUGGUAAAACAUGAUCGCCACAAGCCGAGAUGCUGAAGUUUGUGACUACCAUAUUGUGUAUGUGUAAUGCCUACGUUCUAUGUCUCAGCUUUGAUUUAAAAAAAGACUGUAAUAACCACACUAGGUACUAAAAAUAACUUAAUUUUAGAAACUUACGUACAGUACACGCCAAAAUUAUUUGAACGGUUUUCUUUCUUUUUCUUCAUAUUCGCUAAAAAUGAGUCCAAUGACAGUCCAGAUUUGAAGGUGCACUUAACAUUGCACCUUGAAAUUAUUGAAAUUGAAUACAUUUAGAUCAUUUUCUGAGCAACGUGUACAAAUUGACCACAAUUGGAUAUACAAUAUAUAUUUGGUUAGUUAGUAGCCUGGUUAGU